AUGAAUAACAUAUCCACGCACAUACUCGAGCACCACAAUCAACGAAACCACACGUACGGACUCCGGUCACAGACUCUGGGCCGUUAUUCUUCUUCGAGCGCGAUGGCACCCAAACGAUGA